AUGGAGAGCAUCACGCCAGAAUAUGCUAGCCAGACCAAGGGGCCCCGCAUCCUAGGGGUAUUCUGGGCUUUUUACCUUGUUAGCGUUCUGCUGGUCUCUGCGCGGUUGUAUAUCCGGAUACGAUGGCUGAAGAAUAUCGGCCUGGACGACUACAUUAUCGCGGUAGCCAUGAUCAUGCUCACAGGAUACACCGUCGUAACAACCGUAAACGUCGGCCUCGGAUACGGAAAACACACAGCCAUCAUCAUGCAAGAAGGCGGCAUGGACCUGCUAGUCAAAGUGCUACUCAUCAACUACGCCGAUUUCGCACUGGGGAUCAUGUCGUUCACGACGCCGAAACUCGCGAUCGCGGCGCUGUUGAACCGGAUCAUGAAUCCUAGCAAGUUCCACCGGGUCUGGCUCUGGUUCCUCACGGCGCUCGUCUUUGUUUCGUCGACGAUCUGUAUCGUUGUUCUGUUUACAAUGUGCGAUCCACCCGAGGCGCUGUGGAAGAUUGAGCUGGUGUCUUCGGGUGCUGCUACCUGUCGCUCGAAUGAUAUUUUGGUUGGUUAUGCUAUAUUCACGGGGGCGAUAUCCGGUUUCGUCGACCUGUACCUCGCCAUAUACCCUACCCUCGUCCUCACGCGCCUUCAAAUAACAUUACAGAAGAAGUUGGCCUUAUGUGCUGCGCUAGGGAUGGGCGCCGUCAUCGAAUCCAACAUGAUAAUAAUGGCCUCAUGCAUCCCCACGCUAGGCCCGCUAUAUGAGAUGGCCCGGGGGAAACGCUCCUGGAGCUCGAAGCAGCGGUCCUACAAGAGCAGCGCGAACCAAUUGCCAUCGUCAUCAGUGGACCGGCAUACGAAGAAAUCGCUGUUUAGCUCGCAAAAGGAUGCGGAUCUGUUUGAGACGAAUAUUGGUACUGCACGGGAGGGGAGUCAGGAGAGUAUACUUGGCGCAGACGAGGCGCAACAUAGCCACGCGAAUGGCCGGAUUCAGCGCACUGAUCAGGUUGUUGUUGAGUAUGAGAUGAGGCCUCUAGACCGGGAGGGACGGCCGUCGUGGUGA